GGACCUUCCUUUCGCAGACAAAGGAUCCCUUCCUUUUAUUCAUCGUAACAAAACUACAAACUUCGUCCGAUCCUGCAGUCUCGUGUUUAAAUUAGAGCGUUUAUUUGUUACCUCCCUUACAUUUGUUGCCAAUAACAACGACGCGUUCUGUACUUUUGGGAGAAACAAUUUCUCUUCGCACCUCGCCACCACAACCACUGCCUCUACACAGUCUAUACAGUGUCAUUACACCGUCACUACCACCACCUCUACACAAUCUCGGUCACUACCACUACCACUACCUUUGUCCCUACACUAUCGCGGCCGUCACCGCUGCUACUACAGAGUUACUGCACCAGUACGAUCACCUACUCUCUACCGCCACUCUAAUAUUACAUUAACUAAAGCAACAAUGGAAACAGUUGGUAUGUCGAUGGGCAGUGUCCCUUUGCCUCAAUCUCACACUGCUACAAUUGUUGUUUGGAAUGAUUUGGACUUAGAAAAUGCUGAAAUACUUUUGGAAGCCCCAACACUGAAAGAUGUGAAAGAGAUCCUUGCUGAAAUUUUUCAUCUUAAUAAUUUUGCAACAGUACAAAAAGAAGGGAUUCUUCUUAAUCUUUACACAUAUGCUGUACAAUUUGCAAGAGAAGAAGACUUCAGGGUUGAACAGUUAUCUGCCUAUUUUUCAAUUGUGAAACGUGUUCAUGAAGUCUGUAUAGAAAGCCCGUUUGGUAACUUGGAUGAAACGUUUGCAUAUUUUAAAGACCUCCUUGUAACUCACAGUGUGUGCCGUCCACCAUUCAGCAUCCAGCUGUUUUCAUCAGAAGAAAUAAAGAAGAUAUCUGACCAUGUGAUUAACACAUAUUUUAGACAUUUUAAGCUCUAUAAGUUUGCAUUCACUCAACAGGUGCGGCUUGAUUUAGUUUUGAACUACACUGGACCAUCAGAUUCCGAUGCAAGCCAAGAAAUACAUAUUGAUUCUGAAAAGGAGGAGAAAGAAAAAUCUGAGUCUGAAGAAUCUCAAGAAGAAUUAAUUACCGCUGCUGAAAAAGAAGCAGAGGUGACUCCUGAACCUAUAAAAGAAGAAGAGUUUAAAGCUGAAGAAUACCUGAAAAAGCUGAUCACAGAAUUCUUACAAGUAGAAAUUGAUGAAAUAAAAUUAUCAAUUAAAGAAAAACUGAGAGAAUCUGAACAAAUUUUGAGCAAUAAACUAGAAGAAAUUGGCACUCAUGAAGAAGCUAAAAAGUCUGUAAAAAAAGUGAUCAAACUUGGGAAGAAAUAACUUAAGGAUCUCCAAAAGGAAAUAACGAGACAUUGAAAUAUAUUACAAGGUUGAUACUGUUAGAGGACAGGGUAUUUGCUCAUCUAUUUGUUUUGCUGGGCUAAAAGAUAUUUGCUUUGCUGUUCCCAGAAUUUUGAAUGGUGGUGCUUUGGAAACUGGGGGUUGAUAAACUAAGUUCACAUCAUUCAUUGAUGUUGGCAAAUACCAUGGAACAGAAGCUAAAUUUCUAGGAAACUGAAUUUCCAUUGUUUGUUCUCACUAUUUCUCUUAUCAUUUUAUAUAAUUAAUGGCAGUAAAAAAUAAAUGUUGUCUUGUUGUAUGAGUAUA